AUGUUGUUGAACAAGGAGAGCCCUGGUUCUGUUUUGGAAUGGAAGAAGAAAAAGACUGGAAUAAACAUCUCUAGUGAACUGGAGAGUUACAAAUACCUGGAUUUAACAACCCAACUAACACCUACAAUGAUGACAGAUACAUUCCAUUCAAUAGAAGAAGAAUACCCACAGAAUGAACCACUAUCCAAUCCAUGGAAAUACCCAGCUGAUGAAAUCCAUCUGUUAGAUGAAGAAAAUCCAUAG